UGUCAGUUUAGCCCACUCGAUUUCUAGGGUUUAUGGUAAGGCCAAUUCGAAAGGUUGUGCUGUAAAACCCUAACUGAGAAGAAGAAGAAGCAAACUCUUGAGCAAGUGAAUCGAAGCUCUUUGAAGUUUCCAUUACUUCGCGAACGAUUCUGUUUCUAGUUCAAUAUGGGUUUGUCUUCAAAGCGAGCAAGGAAAGCAAUGGAGAGUGACAGUGAUUUGGAAGACCCUCUUGAAAAUGAGAAGAUGCCAAUGGACAAGGAGGGACAAUACAAUUAUGAUGUUGAGGACGAUGAGGAAGGAGGAGAUGAAGAAGAGGAGUGGUCAUUUGAGGAAGAAGAAGAUGGCAGUGAUGAGCAAAAUGAUAGCCAUAAGGAUGAUGAAAUGGAACAGCUUGAGAAAGAAUACAUGGAACUUCGACAACAGGAAUUGAAUGUAUUGAAGAAUCUCAAGAGCCACAAGGAUGAAGAUAUUCGUAAAGGUCAGGCAGCAAAGAAUCAGAAGGCUCUCUGGGACAAAACCUUGGAAUUCCGAUUUUUACUUCAGAAAGCCUUCUCAAGUUCGAAUAGACUACCACAGGAGCCAGUUAGGUCAUCAUUUUGUGAUUCAGAUGAAGCUGUCAGUGUGGCAUAUUCAGACCUAAUUGCAUCAUCCAAAAAAACUUUAGAUGCUCUAUUGGAACUUCAAGAGGCUUUGAUCGAGAAGAAUCCAUCCAUUGCUCAAUCGUUAGAUGGUAAUUCUGGACAAUCAACUAAAAAGCGUUCGGAAGAUUCUAAGAACUUUAAUGCUGAGGACAAAGAAUGGUUUCAAGUUUCUCAAAUGCAUGGGAGAAUAGCUUCUUUCAGAGACAAAUCAAUUGACAAAUGGCAGAGAAAGACACAGGUGACAACUGGUGCUGCUGCUAUUAAAGGGAAGUUGCACGCUUUUAACCAGAAUAUUAGUGAACAAGUUGCCGCUUAUAUGAGGGAUCCAGGUAGAAUGAUUAAGCAGAUGCAACAGAGAAGGUCAACUGUUGGCGUUUUUGGGGCUGUUCCUGAAGGAAUGAGCGAUAAAGGAGAGGAGGCAAAUGCUGAUGGUGACCCUGAAAUUUUGGAUGACUCUGAAUUCUAUCAACAAUUAUUGAAAGAAUUUUUUGAGACAAUUGACCCAUCAUCCUCAGAGACAGCGUUCUAUGCUAUGAAAAAACUGCAAACAAAAAAGAGAAAAAUUGUUGAUAGGCGGGCCUCAAAGAGUCGUAAGAUUAGAUAUAACGUCCACGAAAAGAUCGUCAAUUUUAUGGCGCCUCAGCCCAUGAGCCUUCCCGCUAUGGCUUCUAAAUUAUUUGAAAAUUUGUUUGGGUUGAAAACCCAGAAACCUGCUGGUGCAUGAAAAUUCUCGUGCUCAAGUAAUAUGCCUCAAAUUUUGUACUUUUAGUUGCGUUGUAAUUCAAAAUUUCUUUUUAUCUUC